AGAAAUCUCCAUUAUAACGUCGUCGUCCUCGCAUGGAUAAAAUUUUCAGCCUCUCCCUUUGUCGCCCGCAGAUCACAAACGCAUAAAAAGAAAUAUGAACGGAAGGAGAAGACCAAACCUUACCUCAUGUCCGCGCCCCACCCUCCUCUCCACCGCGCCACCCUCCGCCUCCCUGCUACUACGCCUCCUCCGAGGAAGCAGUCGCCGCCCAACUACCACCACACCUUCCUUCGACGAACACAAUCACAACAACUUCAUCAUCAACAGCAACCACAAGAUCCUGGGCCUCCUCAUGGACACCCGCAACAAACGAAGAAAGCCACUCUCCGGUCCCGGCUGAGCCAGCUCUGUAAGGAUGGCCGCCUUGACGCUGCCCGCCGCCUUCUCUUCGAUUCCCUCUCCCACCCCGCCGCCUCGCCCACCCUUCUUUGGAACACCCUCAUCAUCGGCUACGUCUGCAACGCCCUACCCCUUGAGGCCCUUCGCCUCUACGCCCUCAUGAACUCUCCCUCUGACGCCUACACCUACUCCUCUGCCCUCAAGGCCUGCGCCGACGCCAGACAGCUCCGUCUCGGCAAAUCCAUCCACUGCCGCAUCGUCCGUCUCCACUCGGCGCCUCCGAGGAACCGGGUUCUCAACAACUCCCUCCUUAACAUGUACGCCUGCGCCAUGGACCCUGAAACAUCGCGUGUCGACGCCGUUCGCCUCGUGUUCGACAGAAUGCCGAAUCGCAAUGUCGUCGCUUGGAAUACACUGAUCGCAUGGUACGUCCGUCGCCGGUGCUCUGACGAGGCGUUAGCGCUCCUGAAGCUGAUGCUUGAGGUCCGAAUCCGACCGACACCUGUCACUUUUGUCAACGUCUUCCCGGCUGUUUCUGCAAUUGGGGAAAUCAAGAUCUGUGAUGUACUUUACGGUCUGCUUGUCAAGUGCGGCCAUGGCCAUCUCAAUGAUCCAUUUGUGGCUAGCGCUGCUAUCUUGAUGUACUCGGAGCUGUCGGGUAUCGAAUCAGCAAGGUGGAUUUUUGAUCAAACAGAGGGUAAAAAUACGCAAGUUUGGAACACCAUGAUCAGUGGGUACGUUCAGAACGGUGACUACAGCAAAGCCCUCGCUCUCCUGGUUGAGAUUUUGGAAUCAGGCGAGGUGGUUGCUGAUACGGUGACCUUUCUCUCCUCUCUAAUUGCGGUCUCUCAGAUGCAAGAUCUCCAGUUGGGACAACAAAUCCACGCCUAUCUGAUCAAAGAGAAUCCUGAAAAGGUGCUACCUUUGGUGCUCAGCAAUGCUCUCGUAGUCAUGUAUUCGAGAUGCGGCGAAGUUCAAUUAGCAUUCGAAGUGUUUGAGCAAAUGCCCGAGAGAGAUGUCGUCACAUGGAACACUAUUGUCUCUGCUUUGGUGCAGAAUGAUCUGAACUUGGAGGGUGUGCUACUGGUGUACGAGAUGCAGAAACAGGGUUUUGUUGUGGAUUCGGUGACCGCUGUGGCUCUGCUUUCAGCAGCAUCCAAUCUGGGAAGCUUUUCAAUAGGAAAGGAGAUGCAUGGAUUCCUCAUCAGGCACAAUAUUCAGUUCGAUGGCAUGGAGAGUUACCUGAUCGACAUGUACGCGAAGUCUGGUUCUGUUGAGAUUGCAUGCCGUCUGUUCAACAGUGAGAGAUCUUAUAAUCGAGAUAAAGUUACCUGGAAUGCCAUGAUUGCUGGGUACACACAGAAUGGGCAGAGCGAAGAAGCCAUAGCAGUGUUUAGAAAUAUGCUUCAAGAUUCCCAAAUUCCAAAUGCUGUGACGCUUACUUCAAUCCUUCCAUCUUAUAGCCCGGUUGGAGUUGGAGGAAUCCAAGCUGGAAAAGAGAUCCAUGGAUUUGCCAUUAGAUAUUGUCUUGAUGACAAUGUAUUUGUUGCCACAGCACUAAUAGACAUGUACUCCAGAUGUGGUGAGAUAUGUUCUGCCGAGAGAAUAUUUGAUGGCAUGGGCAACAAAAACACUGUCACUUACACUACCAUGUUGUCGGCAUUUGGCCAACAUGGGCUCGGAGAGAAAUCUUUGGCUCUGUUCCAGUUGAUGAGAGAAUUAGGAGUAAAGCCUGACGCAGUCACCUUUGUGGCACUCAUUUCAGCCUGUAGUUACUCUGGAUUGAUUGAGGAAGGUCUCGCGGUGUUUGAAUCAAUGAAGGAUUGUGGCAUUGCAGCAACUACAGAACACCAUGGCUGUGUGGUUGAUUUGCUGGGCAGAGCUGGAAGAGUGGAGGAAGCAUAUGAUUUUGCCAAAGGAUUAGGCGAAACUGGAAAAUUCACAGGAAUCUGGGGCUCUCUGCUUGCUGCAUGUAGGGUUCAUGGCAAGUUUGAGUUGGGCGAGUUAGUAGCCGAGGAACUAUUUGAACUGGGAAAGGAGGAAGAACUUGCAGGGUAUCAUGUUCUUCUAUCAAAUGUGUAUGCUUCUGAUAGGAAUUGGGAGAGUGCUGAUAGGGUGAGGAAAGAGAUGAGAGAAAGAGGAAUGAGGAAGGAACCAGGGUCUAGUUGGAUUGAGGUUGCAGAUUCCAUGCACAGGUUCAUGUCUAAGGAUCAAAUGCACCCGGAAAAUGAUCAAAUUUAUGGAAUGCUUCAAGGCUUGGCACUUGAGAUGAAAUCUCCUGGUUACAAAAUCCCUGAGUUUCACCUUGAUGAGAUUGGGGAUGUCGAUUAGUAGCAGAACUAAAAUGACUGAUGACGAUCAGCUAGUUAGCCAGUCACUUGGUUCGAAAGCUUUCGCUGCAAAGCAUGAGCCAUUUCCUGACUUCCUGUUUGUGAUACGGGAUGAUUCCAAGUAUUCAAUUCCUUUUGAGUAAUGAGAUGGACAGUAAUUGUAUCAGAUAAAGAGAUUUCAUUGAAAGAUAUCAUUAUGGAAUAUAUAAAAAAAUGUGAUGUGUAUAGCUUCUUCGCAUCA